GUAGCACAGAGCUAACCAAACGCCUCUUGACAAUUUUCUUCUUGAAACUCUCGACAUAUCGACCAUCAAGAUGAGCGAUAACAUAGACAGCACCAUAGAUAUCGAAGGAAACAAGACCGAGCAGGGAUUUCUCUUGAACGAUACCGUGCAUAGCUUCUCAUGGAAAGAUUUAUUCGUCACGGUCAAGGACCGUCAAACCAAGCAAAUGAAAGAUCUUAUUUGCGAUGUGAAUGGAAGUGUUGGGAAGGGAGAGCUCAUGGCAAUCAUGGGACCGUCUGGCUGUGGCAAGACGACCUUGCUAAACCUCCUCGCUCGUCGGAACCCUACCUCAUCCGCAAAGAUCUCAGGGCAUACCAUGGUCGGCGGUUCUGAUAUUGACAACUCCUCGUUCAGCCGUAUCAGUUCCUACGUCGAGCAGGAAGAUACACUCAUUGGGGCUUUGACGGUGGAGGAGACACUCAAAUUCAGCGCAGAGCUCUCGCUUCCUAGUUCUACCUCCAAAUCCGAACGCAACGACAGAGUGCAACUUCUUCUCAAUGCCUUUGGCAUUCAGGAACAGGCCAAGACCAUAAUCGGUACACCUAUUCGCAAGGGUAUCAGUGGAGGACAGAAACGUCGAGUUAGCGUGGCAAGUCAAUUGAUCACUUCGCCAAAGAUACUCUUCAUGGACGAACCAACGAGCGGCUUGGACUCUACUGCAAGUUUUGAAGUUAUCUCCUAUCUCAAGAAGCUUGCCAGAAGGAACAACCUCUUCGUCAUAGCCAGUAUCCAUCAACCCUCAACUUCCACAUUUGAGCUGUUCGACAAGCUCCUUCUUCUCUCCAAAGGCAGAACAUGCUAUUUCGGUCCAACUGCCGGCGUCGGAACGUACUUCAAUGCCAUCGGCUAUCCUGUUCCACUACACAUUAACCCUGCAGAAUUCAUUCUCGACAUCGUCAGCACAGACUUUUCGCAUGACGAUGAAGUCGGUGCAUUUGGUGAAAAGGCAAACUCCAACAGAACUCCGACGGAACGGCUCAAAUACAUCCACAAAUGCUGGCAAGAAUCGGAACAAGCACGAACUACAGAGAGACAGGCGACGCAGUCACCAGAUGGGCAGAAUUCUACGAAUAUGAAACUACUAGUCGAGGACGUGGCUAGCUCGCGACCGGCAUGGUAUCGGAUUGUUCUUGCAUUGAUUCAUCGGUCUUUCAUCAAGAGUAACCGGGAUGUUGUCGCUUACGGUAUUCGAAUCGCCAUGUAUCUCGGUCUCGCUAUUAUGAUGGGAACAGUGUGGCUGCGCUUGCACACAUCUCAGGAGUAUAUCCAGCCGUUUAUCAACGCUAUUUUCUUUGGUUCAGCUUUUAUGUCCUUCAUGGCAGUCGCAUAUGUACCAGCAUUUCUCGAAGACCGGUCAACAUUCGUCAAAGAACGCGCAAAUGGAUUAUACGGGGCGACUCCUUUCAUCAUAUCCAAUUUCCUGAUCGGUCUACCAUAUCUAUUCUUAAUUUCACUCCUCUUCUCAAUCGUCGCCUACUGGCUAUCAAACUUCGAACCUAGUGCUGUUGCGUUCUUUAACUGGGUCAUGUGGCUAUUCCUCGAUCUUGUUGCCGCAGAAUCCCUCGUCGUACUCAUGUCAUCCAUUUUCCCGAACUUUGUCAUUUCCUUAGCCUUGGUCGCUUUUGCGAAUGGAUUAUGGAUGAGUGUAGGCGGAUUUCUGGUUACGCCGACAAUCUUGAAUCCAUUUUGGAAAUAUGUUUUCCACUACAUUGACUAUCAGGCAUACGUCUUCCAAGGCAUGAUGGUAAACGAGUUCUCCCGUAGAAACUAUUCCUGUGGCUCCUCCUGUCAAUGCAUGUUCCAGACCGAACUCGCAUCACAAUGCCAGAUUCGUGGCUCGGGUGUCUUGCAGCAAUACGGAUACGCCGAAGGUCGCCAAGGGAAAUGGGUUGGUAUUCUCAUUGCUAUCAUUGCUGUUUAUCGCUUGUUUGGCUGGAUUGCACUGGUUUUGAAGCGGACUUAGUUUUGGUAGAGUAGAGUGUACGUCGACGUGGGUAGGGUUUGACUCGGAUUUUGUUAUUUCUCUUUUGUGUUGGUGAAUAGAGGAGCCACGAUUUGAAGGCGCUGUGUCG